AUGUCUUCGGGCUUCCGUCCUGCCAGUCGGUUCGCGUGGGACGAACCCCAUUCUCGUCGUUCGCUUCAACGACCGAAGUCGCUUUCUUGGUCGCCGCUGAUUGGCCCGCUAACGCAGCUUCCGGCCUUCACGCUCGUCGAACUGCUGGUGGUGAUCUCCAUCAUCGGCAUCCUGGUCGGGCUGCUGCUGCCAGCCGUGCAGGCCGCCCGUGAGUCGGCUCGUCGCAACCAGUGCCUCAACAAGCUGCGGCAGAUGACGCUCGCGAUGCACGGCUUCCAGGUCGCCGGCGGCCGGUUCCCGCCGAGCAUCAGCACACGCGAGGGGCACUACCGCUGGGGCGCCCCCGCGCGGGUGCUGCCGUACGUCGAGGAGUUCAACCUCGCCACGGCGAUUGACUUCGAGCAGGACUACCACCUGCUCGACCGAAACGGAGUCGUGCAUGCGACGGAAACCGACGCACUGGCCGCCGGCAUCCUCAAGGCGCAGCGAGUCGACGUGCUCAUCUGCCCGUCCGAAGUGAAGGACGAAGCCCGGCUCAACGGCGCCGGCGUGCCGCGGGACUACCCGAUCAACUACGGCGUGAACUGCGGCGUCUGGAAGGUGUACGACCCGAAGGACGGCAGCGACGGCGGCGGCGCAUUCGUGCCGAACGUCGGCUUCCGCCCGGCGAACUUCACCGACGGCAUGAGCAAGACCCUCAUGAUGGCCGAGGUGAAGGCGUACACGCCUUACCUGCGCGACAGCGGCGUCGACGCGCCCGACACGCCCGAUCCCAACGACCCGCUGGCCGUCUGCGCCUUCGGCGGCGACGAGAAGACAAACUCCGGCCACACCGAGUGGGUCGACGGUCGCACGCACCAAGCCGGCUUCACGGCGACGUUCCCGCCGAACACCGAGAUGCUCUGCUCGAUCGGCGGCCAAGACGUCGACGCCGACUUCAACACGUCACGCGUCGGCGUCAGCGACACAAACGUCACCUAUGCGUCGGUCACCGCCCGGAGCUACCACCCGGGCGUGGUGAACGCCGUGCGGAUGGACGGCUCGGCGCGGACGUUCGCCAACGACAUUGAGCCGGUGGUGUGGCGCGCCCUCGCCACACGCAACGGCGACGAGGUCGUCACACUCGACUGA